CGAAGCUCUCAUCGCUUGUAUGUAAUCCGCAGUCCUCGUCAUGUGACUGGAGAUUCGAGAACAGGGGCCAUUUUCCAUUUUCGAUUUCCUGUCGAAAUAUUGGAUCUUUCUCUGUUUUGUUUUCGUCUUCUUGUUAUUUCCAUGGAGGACGAAACGUAUGCGAAGGAAUUGGAUGUGGCCGUGAAAGCAGUUCACAUGGCCUGCUCUCUGUGCCGGAGAGUGCAACACGGGUUAAUUUCGAGGACCAGUGACGAGAUCAAGUCUAAGGACGACGAUUCCCCGGUUACCGUCGCGGAUUGGGGUGUUCAAGCCACUGUAAGCUGGUUACUAUCAGAGGUCUUUGGAAGUCAGAGUGUAUCAAUUGUUGCCGAGGAAGAUGUUCAAGCUCUUUCCGAGAGCGAUUCAGCAGGAUUGCUAGCGGCCGUUGUUGAUGCAGUCAAUGGAUGUUUAGAUGAAGCACCUAAUUUUGGUCUCCAAAAGCCUGAUAAACACCUCACUACUCAAGAAGUUCUUGAGGCCAUCAAGAGAUGCAACUCGACUGGGGGUCCAGAGGGAAGGCAUUGGGUGCUAGACCCAGUGGAUGGAACUUUGGGGUUUGUGCGGGGAAAUCAAUAUGCUGUAGCUUUAGCUUUGAUUGAGGAUGGGAAAGUCAUCAUUGGAGUGCUAGGAUGUCCGAAUUAUCCAAUGAAGAGAGAGUGGCUGAAUUAUCAUCACCAAUACUAUCAAAGCACCUCCCCAGCUACUGAUGAUUCGUGGGAGAAAGGAUGCGUGCUGUAUGCAAGGAGGGGCAGUGGUAAGGCAUGGCUGCAGCCACUACUCCGUGGAGAUGUGAAUUUUGAAUCACAAUAUGAGGCCAGAUUGAUCCGGGUUUCUUCUGUUGAUGAUCCUGCCCUGGCUACAUUUUGUGAACCUGUUGAGAAGGCCAAUUCAAACCAAUCGUAUGCAGCAGGACUUGCUCACAGUGUUGGACUCAGAAAGCAGCCACUGCGUGUUUACAGCAUGGUUAAAUAUGCAGCAAUAGCCCGGGGAGAUGCUGAGGUUUUUAUGAAAUUUGCAAGAUGUGGAUACAAAGAAAAAAUAUGGGAUCAUGCAGCUGGUGUAGUUAUUGUGCAAGAGGCAGGUGGUGUGGUGACUGAUGCGGGAGGAAAACCCUUGGAUUUCUCCAGGGGAAUCUAUUUAGAAGGUCUUGACCGGGGAAUCAUUGUUUGCUGUGGCGCUACACUUCAUGAAAGAAUUGUUGGUGCUGUUUAUGCUAGUUGGGAUUCCUCAAAUUUAUAGAGCCUCGGAAGACAUGUGAUCAGAAUGGCAACCGUUGAACUUUAAUUCUGAUGGCAAGCUUUUUAGGUCUACUUGAAUGGAUGAGUAGAUAUAAGUAUUUUACAUUGUUUUGUGGAUUCUUGUACAUGAAUCAUUUUGAAUUAUUUCAGGAAAAAAUUAUCUGCUCAGAAGGGAUGCUGUACUGUUGCGGCUCACCUGCAUUGUGCGGAUUGUACGUGCUUCGAAGAAAAGCAGGAAUGAAGCUAGUUCAGUGUCUUGAGUAUAUAGGCUUUUGCAAAGCUAUACAGCUGGUAAAGAAGUAAAGAAUGUUGAUUGGGCAUCUAAUUUUUGUAUAUGUUGCUCAAUAUCGUCAUAAAUGAUAUUCAGGACGGAUAUUCAGCCACGAAAUAUACCUGAAGUCAGUAUUUUUGCUUUUGGUUGAAAA